AUGGAUGAUUCUGAAAGUAAUGUUGGACAUUUAAAAACCUUUGUACAAAUAAACCAUGAUAACAUUAUAUUGCCUGGAGAACUUUAUCGUACCAAUCAAGAUGUUGGAAUCUGUAUAUUUGUUCAUGGAUCUGGAUCUAGUAGACUUAGUCCAAG